AACAUCACUGUACAGGACUGGGGCUGGAUGGCUGAACAAGUUUUAGUCCAGUUGCCCCACAGCGUGGAAGAACUGGACUCAAAUCUGGGAUUUUUAUACAUGGAGUUUUUUCCCAUGAAUCAUGGAUUCUCUCCAGGCCUUCUAACGAGACACCAUUGGAUCCAGCUGCGUUAAGCCAGGGAGAGAACUAAAUCAUACCGGAUACCGGACCCUGAGGACCAACUUUGGACACCCCUGGUGUGCCAUUUACAGUUGGUGAUUUCCUGUGCUUUGGACGUCAAAACCAAAUUUCCACCACAACAUCAGAACAUCCGCUGUGAAUCUACUCAAACGGUGGCCCGUCCCUUAAAGAGCAAAAGUAUAUUCUACUAUUGCUGCUGUGGACAGGAAGUCUGAAUCUAACACUUCACUGUGGUCAAAGCUGCUCCUGCAUACUUUCUGAACGCUGAGUAAAAGGGAAGGAAACACAUACACAUUACAGAAUGACAGUUUUUAGUGCCUUAAAUGCAACUUCUCUUUUUGGUUUUAGUACUUUAGCGAGAGCAAAGUGCAGCUGCACCAAUUAGCUGUGCAGCAGGUCUGGAAGUGAACAUGGGGGAAACUUUACUCUGCAGGCUGGGCUUCUUUUUGUUGUGGUCCCUCUGCUGUGGAAAUCCUGAAGUUUCCAAGCCGACUGUGAUCCUACAACCCAAUCGGACUGUUGUGUAUAGAGGAGAGAGAGUCACUCUGAGAUGUGAGAUCUGGGGAGGAGGAGGAACUGAGUGGACGUAUGAAUGGAAAACAAACAAUGGAAACGCUGAAAAAAGUUCCAAUGAAUACAUCAUCAACAGAGUCUCUGACACCAACAGUGGAAAGUACAGCUGUAUGGCUAGAGGAGAUCAUCAGCUAACAGAAUGGAGCGAUGCCGUCACACUGACAGUGAGACCUGAUAAACCCAGAGCCACACUGACAGCAGACAGAACAAUCAUACCAGCAGGGGGCAGCAUAACACUGAGCUGCUCUGUGGACGAAUCUGAUGACUGGAAGUUUGACUGGUUCAGAAAUGAUCAACAAUAUUCUGCAGCUCAGUUCAGAUCAAACGAUGAACUGUACAGAGUCAUCUAUGUCACAGAGGGAGGAGAGUACAGCUGCAGAGGAGGAAGAAAAUAUUCAGCUUUUAAAACUGCAUUUAGUGGUAAAAUCUCUGUUCUGAAAACUGUUUCCAAGCCGACUGUGAUCCUAGAACCCAGUGGACCUGUUGUAUAUAGAGGAGAGAAAGUCACUCUGAGAUGUGAGAUCUGGGGAGGAGGAGGAACUGAGUGGACGUAUGAAUGGAAAACAAACAAUGGAAAUGCUGAAAAAAGUUCCAAUGAAUACAGAAUCAACAGAGUCUCUGACACCAACAGUGGAGAGUACAGCUGUAUGGCUAGAGGAGAUCAUCAGCUAACAGAAUGGAGCGAUGCCGUCACACUGACAGUGAGACCUGAUAAACCCAGAGCCACACUGACAGCAGACACAACAAUUAUACCAGCAGGGGGCAGCAUAACACUGAGCUGCUCUGUGGACGAAUCUGAUGACUGGAAGUUUGACUGGUUCAGAAAUGAUCAACAAUAUUCUGUAGAUCAGUUCAGAUCAAACGAUGAACUGUACAGAGUCAUCUAUGUCACAGAGGGAGGAGAGUACAGCUGCAGAGGAGGAAGAAAAUAUUCAGUUUUUAAAACUGCAUUUAGUGGUAAAAUCUCUGUUCUGAAAACUGUUUCCAAGCCGACUGUGAUCCUAGAACCCAGUGGACCUGUUGUAUAUAGUGGAGAGAAAGUUACUCUGAGAUGUGAGAUCUGGGAAGGAGGAAGAAGAACUCAGUGGACGUAUGAAUGGAAAAGAAACAAUGGAAAUGCUGAAAAAAGAUCCAGAGAAUACAGAAUCAUUACAGUCAAUGAAUAUCACAGUGGAAAGUACAGCUGUAUGGCUAGAGGAGAUCAUCAGCUAACAGAAUGGAGCGAUGCCGUCACACUGACAGUGAGACCAGAUGAACCCAGAGCCAAAUUGACAGCAGACAGAACAAUCAUACCAGCAGGGGGCAGCAUAACACUGAGCUGCUCUGUGGACGAAUCUGAUGACUGGAAGUUUGACUGGUUCAGAAAUGAUCAACAAUAUUCUGUAGAUCAGCUCAGAGGAAACAGUGAUCCAAACAGUGACAUCAGUGUCUCAGAGGGAGGUGUUUACAGCUGCAGAGGAGGAAGAGGAAAUCCAGUUUUUCAUACAGAAAAAAGCAACGUUCAGAAAAUUGUGUCUGGGCCGACUGUGAACCGGCAUCCCAGCUGGCCUGUCGUAUUCAGAGGAGAGACGGUCACUCUGAGAUGUGAGAUGCAGGAUGAUGAAGGAACUCAGUGGAUGUAUGAAUGGAUUACAAGCAGCAGAAACUCUCCAACAUCCAAUGAAUACAGGAUCAGCAGCGUCUCUGAGUCUGACGGUGGGAGCUACUGGUGUUUGGCUAGUAAAGGCUAUCAGACAACAGGCUGGAGCUUUCCCAUUAAACUGACAGUGAACUCAAAUGAACCCAAAGCCUCAAUAAAAGCAAGUGCUAACAUCAUACCAGCAGGGGGCAGUGUAACACUAACCUGCUCUAUGGACAUUGGUGUUGGCUGGAAGUUUGACUGGUUCAGACUGGAGUCCAAGUCUUCUACAGCUCAGCCCAUCAGAACCAAUGAAUCGGAUGGAGUCCUUUCCAUCUCAGAGGGAGGAGAGUACAGCUGCAGAGGAGGAAGAGGAGAUCCAGUUUUCUAUACUGAGACCAGCAGAGAGGUCACUAUUGAGAAAACAGUUCCCAUUACACCAACUGUGAUCAAACAACCCAGUUGGGCCCAGAUCUACAGAGGAGAGAGAGUCACUCUGAGAUGUGAGAUCCAGGAUGAUGGAGGAACUCAGUGGACGUAUGAAUGGAGACCAAACAAUAUAAACUCUCCAACAUCCAGUGAAUUCAUGAUCACUGCUGAUAGCAGAGGAUAUUAUAGCUGCAGAGGAAGAAGAGACAGUUUCACCAUAACAAAGUGGGGAGUCAUCACAUUAACAGUGUUCACAUCCAAACCUCAGCCUGUCCUCUCUGUGUCUCCAUCAUGGCCGAAUCCUGGAGCCUCAGUGACUCUGAGCUGUGAGUGUUUGGAGCUUCAAUCAGCAGGAUGGAGGUUCUUCUGGUAUAAAAUUGUUCCUGAUCCAUCCAGCAGUACCUACAGAUUUGAGCUGCUGCCUGGCAGCACCAAUGGGACUGAGCAGAACUCCUUCAUCAUUAAUGGACCGACUCACACAGCAGGAUUUGUGUGCAGAGCAGGAAGAGGAGAACCAAAGUUUUACUCUGAUUACAGUGAACUAAAGUUUGUCUGGUCUGCAGACUCUCAUCCAGCAGCUUCUCUCUCAGUGAGUCCUGACAGAGUUCAACAUUUAAUUGAUCAGUCUGUCACAAUGAACUGUGGUGGGAACGACACCAAGUGGAGAAUGAGGAGGUUUACAGGAUCAACCAGUCCAUCAUACGUUCAAUGCUCCAACUGGGGGACGAUGCAUGGAUCCUCAUGUACCAUUAACAGACUGGAGGAUCACAGUGGAGUUUACUGGUGUGAGUCUGGAUCUGGAGAAUUCAGCAACGCAGUCAACAUCACUGUACAGGAUGAUUAUUAUGAUGUUAUUAUCCUGGUGAGCCCUGUUCAUCCUGUGACUGAAGGAGAUCCUGUUACUCUGAGCUGCAGAGAUAAAGAACAAAAUCUUCUCUCCAAUGUGAUUUUCUAUCAUAAUAAUAAACUCAUCAAUAAUGACAGCAGAGGGGAGCUGAAGAUCUCUGCAGUGUCAAAGUCAGAUGAAGGUUUCUACAAAUGUCAACAUUCAGGAAAAGAGUCACCAAGGAGCUGGAUGUCUGUUAGAGUAACCGAGUCCAGUCCUGUCGGCUCCUCGUCUCCUUUACUGCUGAUCAUUGGACCCAUUAGUGGAAUCGUUCUGAUUAUUUUCCUGCUCUUGUUGUGGCGCUGCAGACAGCCCAGAGAUUUAUGCUCUUUCAGAUCAGAGAAAAACAAUCAGAGGUCGACCACCAAUCACAGAGCAGAGAUUGAGAUCAGUGACAAUAACGCUCCUCCUCAAGGUGUUGCUCUCUAUGAAUCAGUCAAGCCUUCUGAAGCCACCGCAGCUGCUGAACCCAGAGAAAUAACGUACGCCAUGAUUCAGGUCAAAAAGCUCCAAAAAAAGAAAAAACCCCGUAAACCCGAGGAACGUGUUAUUUACGCUGAAGUGAAAACAAGAGCUGCAGAACUCGCUCCAACGUACGCUGAAAUCAAUAAGAAGAAAGUCAAGCGACACAGGAAAGAAAAACCUGCAGCAACAGAUGAAUCAGUUUAUUCUGAAAUCAAAUCAGGAGCAACUCUGGAAAAUGAAUCUGCCUUGUAGCACACCAUGCUCUCUUUCUCUUAUAUAUAUUCCCCACUAGGGAAAAGGGUGUAAGAAAAUGGAUAGAUAAUAUGCUUAGAAGUUCAUGUACAUUGUUCAUGCUUCAUAGAAUAUCUAUUUUGGUACUUUUAAAUAUAAUUAAUAUAUGUCUCUGAUCCAAAAUGCUGCGAAAGUGUGAAAUAUAUGAUAAUUUAUUUCCUCUAUUACACAAGUAAAACAUAUCUAACUGUAUUAGGUAAAAAUGAUACUGUAAGGGUAUCGGUAUUAAAGUCUGUCUUUUUUAAAUUAACUAUAGAAUUGUAUUAUAUUGCAGUCUAAGCACUGUGGACUUUUUCAUGAUUUUUCUAUGUGCUCUUAAUGUAAUGUUUGUUGUUUCCUAUUUCUACAAUCCUGAAGACAAAAGAUGGGAAUAAUUGGCUGAAGUUAAAAGAUGAAAAAAUAAAUGAUGUUACUAUUUAGAUUAAGCUUUAAAAACAGCUAAGCUGUCUUUAUU